AUGGACAUUCACCAUAAUUGGCGAAUGUCGGGUACUGGCGAAUGUCGUGUGGACAUUCGCCAUGAGACAAAACAAAAACUACGAUCAAUAAUCAAUUGUUUCAAAUCAUUUGAUGAUGUAGACAGAUGUGUAGAUUACAUUACCGAUUUAAAAUGUGAACAAGUUGUUCUGAUUAUUGAUGAUCAGUUAGGUAAAGAAUUCAUUCCAUUGAUACAUGAUUUGACGCCGUUAACUGCAAUUUAUAUCAAAGCCAUUAUUACAAAUACAGAUGACCUAAUUAAUAAAAUAUUCAUCAAUCAAAAAGAACGACAACACAUGAUAAAUACAGAAACUCCAAUACCAAUUAGUACAUUUAACCCUGAUGAUACAAAUAUAGAUUUAGCGACAGAAAAUGGAAAUUUUAUGUGGUUUCAACUAUUUAUUGGUAUAUUGAUGAGUAUGGAACGGCCAUCGUCACCGACUAGACUUGUUCAAAAAUGUGCUCAACAUCAUGGUAUUCUUUUAUCCGACGCGGCUAAUAUAAUAUUAGGAAAUGUUAUUAAAAUGGAUCGAGAUAUAGUUGACAAAUUGAUCGGUGUCAUAAAACAAGAAUAUGUUGGUAAUACAACACAGUUAAAGUUAAUUGAUGAGUUUUCAGAAACUAGGCAUGCAACGGUUACGGUUAUUAACCGUUUAACCGUAACCGUAAAUAACCGUAACCGUAAUAACCGGUCGAACGGUUAACCGUAACCGUUAAUAACCGGUCGAACGGUUAACCGUAACCGU